AUGGAGCCUACUUCGACUUUGGCGAGUAAUCCCGACAAUCCUGUGAAAACCGCCCCUACCUCCAAUAAUCACCACCCAAUAAACCCACCAGCAUCAACUGAUGCAUCCCCAGCUUCAAGCUCUACCCUGGGUAAUAAUAAUAAAAGUCUGAAAAGUUCAACUGGAAACAAUGGAAACGAAGAAGAGAAUGAUAAUGACCCGGACAACAAUGAUUCGUCACAGCAAACACUAAAGCGAAGGAAUAGAAUUCCAGCAUCUUGCUCGAUGUGCAGGAAACGAAAGUCAAAAUGUGAUAGAGUACGGCCAGUUUGUGGCACAUGUAUUCGAAAAGGUAUCACUCACCUUUGCCACUACGAAUCCAAUUCUGGUCAUAGAUAUCUUUAUCAAGAACCCCACCAUUACAACGGGCAGGGCUAUAUGCAACAUCCAAACUCCUAUAAUUACAGUGGCUCACCACUGUACACUGGUCCUGGAAAUGGACAGCAUCCACCACCGCCAUUUCCCCCUCAUGUUCAUCAGCAAACUCAACUACCCCAAAAUUAUGUACCUCCCUCCCCCAACUCAUCUGACCCAGCUAAUUAUGCACCACCAAAUAACCAACAGCAUUUUCCUAUAGGUCCACCACCGCCGCCUCAGCCACAGCCAUAUCCACACAUAUACCAGAGUUCACCGUUCAAUGGUCCACCUUUGUCACAGCCUUCGCCCAAUUUCCCGUCUCCAGGAGCCCCAAAUUUAUAUUCACCAGUAAAUGGACCAGGUCCGUCCUAUUAUAGGCCCAUUCCACAACCACCUGCUAAUAACGGUGCUGCAGAAAAAGCCCUGCCGCGACAAUUGCCAAUACCGGCACCUUCCUCGCAAACCAGAAAUUCUCAAGAUAGCGGCAAACCAAAUUUACCCAGUCCGUCCAAAAUUUCAAGUACGGCAUUUGGACCUGGCUCACGUCAUCUGCAAUCUGGGUCAAUUAGUUCACUCCCAUUACCACAACCACCCUCAGCCCCUCUAGCAACAACUACACCAGCAUCCUUGCGUCCUGAUAAUCAAACCCAAUUACCCCCACCACCAGCACAUCUGAUUGCAAAAAAUGUGGUGACAACACCAUUGGCCAACUACCCAUCGUCUCACCAUCCAUCACCCAAUGACUCCAGUGGUCAUAACCAGCUGAGAAUACGGUCGAUGGUAUCCGAAAAUGUGCCUUCACCUGUCACAAGUAUACAUAAGCCCAGUGCAACGGCUUCAACUCCAGGAUCAUAUUCCAACGAUCAGAAACCAGCUUCUUCUAUGCAGAACUCACCAAGUGUCAAGGACUCGUUUUCAUCCACGUCUUUGGUUUCAAUACCUCUAGGACCUAAUUCGUCAUUACAAGUGAGCACAGAAGACAGAAUGAAUGUUUUUUCCAAUGCAAGCUACUCAAUAGCUUUGGAAAACCAUAUCAUCCAAGAACAAGGGGUACUUUCCUAUCUUGGGUUAACCAAAAGUGACCCUUUUAUCACAAUUUUACGAAACUUCACCGUUCAUUUAUUUAGGGUUGGAGAAAUGACAAAGUUUAUUAGAACAGAUGCCAACAAAAAGCGCAGAAACUCAACAGGCUCAGUCUCGAGACUUUCUUCGAGACACAGUGAUGGCUUGCCGUCAUUUCAGAAAAAGCCGAAACUUCAUAUGACACCAGUUGAACACGAUACCAGUGCAGGUGCAGAAGCGGUAUUAAUGGCUCAUAGUGACUCAAAUCAAUCAAGCAAUGAUGCAGAUAUUAACAAUCUUUCCAAAGCAGCAAUCAAGCAUGCACGUGAGCAGUCGUUGAAUUCGUUGAAUGUGCCCUCACCUAUUGAUAAGUUUUCGCCAAAUGUGGGGGAGAAUAAAAAGGAGGAGCGUAAGAUCCCUGCCGUUAUGCCAUCAAUUGAAUCAUUUUUUGUUGGCCUGAACAAGAAGGACUACUAUUCGUUGGUUGAGAAAGUGAUUCUUGCUGUUUUGCCCGAUCAGGUGAAUCUGUUUAAAUUAUUUUGUCGAUUUUUCAAAUAUGUUCAUCCAUUCAUCCCCAUCGUUGAUGAAACAUCUUUAAUUGUCGAAGUCAAGAAUUUAUUGAAAAAGUUUCCUUCAUUUUUGCAUGAAAGAUGGACUUCGGUCAAGAUCAGCUCCGACCAAGACUUACGGACAAUGGGUAUCUUUUUGCUUAUUUUGUCUUUGGGGUACAAAAGUAUGAUCCAUAAUGAUAGUGUAUACAACGAUUAUACCGAUGAAGAAGUGUCCAUGAUUCAAGACAUGCAACAAAUUACGCCCGAUGAGUUCAAAAAGGUGAUAAAUCUUUGCAUUAGUGAUAGUUUGCUCGCGGCAAAGUCAUCGUUUAAGUUGGUACAAUUAUUAACCCUUUUGUAUUUUUAUAAAGAGGUUGCCCCUGAUGAUGGUCAUGGUAUUUGUGGAGCCGAUUCGCAAAUUUUACUUGGUGUAACUAUACGGCAUGCAUUAUCCAUUGGGUUAAAUCGUGAUCCUACAUCCUAUACUGCAUAUGACGCCAUUUGCAAGAACUCCCAGCUUAUAAAGACUUGGAGACACUUGUGGAACUACUUGACAGAGGCAGAUGCAAUGAGUAGUCUCCAUAAUGGUACCAAUUUGAAUUUGAGAAACUUGAAAAUGGGCGAUGUUCAAGCUCCUUAUGAGCCAAAGGAUAGAACGGGUGAGCUUAAUGAAACUAUCAAACGAUUUAUUUCAAUAUGCGAGUGCUAUCGCCAGUUGUGUAACAAAAUCAACAAUGUUUGGGAAAAGCCCAAAAUCAUGGACAUUCUAGCCGACACCAACCAUUUGGAAAAGAUCUUUUUCGACUUUUUUGGAAAAGAUUUCUUCCUGACUGUUAUUUGUAAACCAGCAAAAGUGAAUACUGAUACGAGCUCAUGGAACCCAAGUUCUCUUGAACAUGAGGAGCAAUUUUUGAAGGUUAUGAAGUAUUGCAUGUUUAUUCAAUUGAGAACUAAUUUGUCAGGAAUGUACUACAUGAUUGCCAUCCAUUAUGAAAAUGAAUAUAACGAGUCCAAAACUCCGUCAAUGAAUGCCGGGAUUGAGCUAUUCAAGAUAUAUAUCAAGAGUGUGGUGCAGAUUGUGUACAUUAUGACACAUGUGCUAGAUAAUUCAGUUGAAUUAUUUGGCAAAAAUUACGACUACAUGCUAACGGCUGCCAAUGAACGAUAUAUGAUAAAAACUCAUUCAUUCUUGACCUCGUUCUUUGUUAGGUUACUUCAUCAAAAGAAGGACUUGUCUUUCAAAGUGUUUAAAGAGCCAAGCUACAUUCCUCGACUUGAAGUUAUCGACACCUUGUUCACGAUGGUUUUGGUCGAGGCGGAACUAUUUGUGGGAAAUUUCCGCAAGAUGUCGCGUACUUAUAUCAAUAGUUAUCGAUUAUACAUUAUGACGUAUAUCAUCAUGCGUCAAUGUGUGGAAAACCCCGAUGUGUUUUUUGAAAAAGCGAUAAAUGAUCAACUGUUUUUCCACCAGGGUACCAACAUGAUUGAAUUCUUUACCCUUGCGGAAUUACAUCAUUUGUGUCGUUUAUGCGGUGAGUUCCGUAAUGCUACUGAAGAGAAAAAGAGGUUGAAACGGGAAAAAAUGAAAGCGAAAGGGAUCAUCGUUGAUAAUGAUGCUGAUAUUGACAAUUUCAACUUCGAUUCCUUAAGAGACCUGUCUUCACUUGAUGUUGAUGAUUUUGCCAUUUUCAACAAUGGAAGUGGUGCAACUUUUAUGUCAUUUUUCGAUGACGAUCAAGUGUUUGACAAUUUAAAUAAUUUGCCGGAUGACGUAUUGGAUCCGGUGGCACGUAAUGAAGAUUUGAUCCGGUUGUAUAACAUCUAUGGUGAUUUCGAUGAAGAUUUAGUCAAAAUGGGAACAUCCUGA